AAAAGAAAGACAGUUCCCUCCUGAGAAACAGCUGGAGGAGCCAGGGUCAAGGAGAAUAAAAGGGCAGAACUGAGAAGACAGAAGGUCAUUGCCUAUCUCCAAAGAAGAGUAUGCAAGAAGCUGUCUACUCUUGUGUGGUUUGUUUGUUUGUGACAGGAGUGAAACACUGGAGACUCAAGUCACAUGCUUGGACAAGGCUAUGUUAGCCUGACACCACUGCAUGUUUUGAGAUGCAAGUGAGGGAGGGGGCAGGUAGAGAGGAGCUGCAUAGCCUGACUUCUUUUGCUUGUUUAUGUAAGCCUUCCCUCAAAGGAGCGCUUCCUGGACCUAAGCUCUCCUCUCCUUCCUGCUUUCCAGAACCUGUAUGCUGGGGAACUCAAGUGAAAUUAACUGAGUCCCAAGCUGGAGGAUCUCAACUUCAAGACACAAUCCAGGGAUGUGAAUUUGUGACAUCUUUCCAACUUUGGAGGCACUUAUACUAAUAUUAAUGUGCAGACACUGAAAACACUCAGAAGGCAAGGUAACACAUGACAAAGUUAAUCCAAAUGGGUUCUUUUUUUGAGAGACAUCUUGACAACUUCUGUUGAACAACAUCAUCAGCGAAAACUGAGAACCCUUCUUUUCUACCUACUGCACGGUCCUAUAUUCUUAUCCAUUGGGCACUAAUGGUAGCCUUCAGAAGGGGUGGUUCCAAAUUGUCCACUUCCUCAUCUAACAAGAAGAACAUCUGGGUCUUUGACUGCCACCCCACCAUCAGAAAAAAUGGUAUACAAGGGGAAGCACUUAGUCUCCUGCCCUUGUUUCUUCCUGCUUGCAGCCAAAUUCUGCUGGGUGCUCCCAAUGAUUCAUGGAACUCAUGGCCAGGAAUAUGCCCACUCCAUUCGACUUGAUGGGGAUGUCAUCUUGGGAGGACUCUUCCCUGUCCAUGCAAAAGGAGACAGAGGAGUACCUUGUGGAGAGCUCAAGAAGGAAAAGGGGAUUCACCGGCUUGAGGCAAUGCUAUAUGCAAUUGAUCAGAUCAAUAAGGACCCGGAUCUUCUUGCCAACGUCACCUUGGGUGUCCGGAUCUUGGAUACUUGUUCCAGGGACACGUAUGCUUUGGAGCAGUCCUUAACAUUUGUACAAGCACUGAUAGAGAAGGAUGGGUCGGAUGUGAAAUGUGCUAAUGGAGACCCACCUAUUUUCACCAAGCCCGACAAGAUUACAGGGGUAAUAGGAGCAGCUGCGAGUUCAGUGUCCAUCAUGGUGGCUAAUAUUUUAAGACUUUUUAAGAUACCUCAAAUCAGCUAUGCAUCUACAGCUCCAGAGUUAAGCGAUAACACCAGGUAUGAUUUCUUCUCUCGUGUGGUCCCGCCUGAUUCCUACCAAGCGCAAGCCAUGGUUGACAUCGUAACAGCUCUUGGAUGGAACUAUGUGUCAACGCUGGCUUCAGAAGGGAACUAUGGGGAAAGUGGUGUUGAAGCAUUCACACAAAUCUCAAGGGAAACCGGUGGUGUUUGCAUUGCUCAGUCUUUAAAAAUCCCCCGUGAACCGAGACCAGGAGAAUUUGACAAGAUCAUCAAGCGGUUGAUGGAGACUCCUAAUGCUCGUGCGGUGAUCAUGUUUGCCAAUGAGGAUGAUAUCAGGCGAAUAUUAGAAGCAGCUAAGAAAAUCAAUCAAACUGGGCAUUUCCUUUGGAUAGGUUCAGACAGUUGGGGGUCUAAGAUUGCUCCCGUUUAUCAGCAAGAAGAAAUUGCAGAAGGCGCCGUCACCAUUUUGCCCAAAAGAGCUUCCAUCGAUGGCUUUGACAGGUAUUUCAGAAGCCGGACUCUAGCAAAUAACAGAAGGAAUGUGUGGUUUGCAGAAUUCUGGGAAGAAAAUUUUGGAUGCAAGUUGGGUUCUCAUGGAAAGAGAAAUAGCAACAUAAAGAAAUGUACAGGACUGGAACGAAUUGCAAGAGACUCAUCUUAUGAGCAAGAAGGAAAGGUCCAGUUUGUCAUUGAUGCCGUGUACUCUAUGGCAUAUGCAUUGCACAACAUGCAUAAAGAUCUUUGUCCUGGAUAUAUUGGCCUGUGUCCACGAAUGAGUACAGUUGAUGGCAAAGAGCUGCUGGGUUACAUUCGGGCAGUAAACUUCAAUGGCAGCGCUGGGACACCUGUUGUUUUCAAUGAAAAUGGAGAUGCACCUGGACGUUAUGAUAUCUUCCAGUAUCAAAUAACCAACCGAAGUACAGAAUACAAAAUUAUCGGCCAGUGGACGAACCAGCUUCAUCUAAGUGUAGAAGACAUGCAGUGGCAUAACAAAGAACGGACUCAUCCCACAUCAGUCUGUAGUUUGCCAUGCAAGCCUGGGGAAAGGAAGAAAAUGGUCAAGGGAGUGCCAUGCUGUUGGCACUGUGAGCGCUGUGAAGGCUACCAUUACCAAGUGGAUGAGGUCACUUGUGAGAUGUGCCCAUUCGACAAGAGACCCAAUGCCAACCGCACCGACUGCCAUCUAAUCCCCAUCAUCAAGCUGGAGUGGCAUUCCCCGUGGGCGAUUGUGCCUGUCUUCAUCGCAAUCCUUGGGAUCAUCGCGACCACCUUUGUCAUUGUGACCUUUGUGCGCCAUAACGAUACGCCCAUCGUCCGGGCCUCGGGGCGCGAGCUGAGCUACGUCCUCCUGACUGGAAUUUUCCUCUGCUACUCGAUCACCUUUUUAAUGAUUGCAACUCCAGACACUGCCAUCUGUUCCUUCCGACGGAUCUUUUUAGGGCUCGGCAUGUGCUUCAGUUACGCAGCCUUGCUCACUAAAACAAACCGCAUCCAUCGAAUAUUCGAGCAAGGGAAAAAAUCCGUCACUGCUCCCAAAUUCAUCAGCCCAGCUUCCCAGCUGGUAAUAACCUUCAGCCUCAUAUCUGUACAGCUUAUAGGAGUCUUCAUCUGGUUUGGUAUUGAUCCUCCACACAUCAUCGUGGACUAUGGAGAGCAGAGGACUGUGGAUCCUGAAAAUGCCCGCGGGGUUCUCAAAUGUGACAUCUCUGAUCUCUCUCUCAUUUGUUCUCUUGGAUACAGUAUUCUCUUAAUGGUAACAUGCACUGUUUAUGCCAUUAAAACAAGAGGAGUUCCAGAGACUUUCAAUGAAGCAAAACCAAUUGGAUUUACUAUGUAUACCACCUGUAUCAUUUGGUUAGCUUUUAUUCCCAUCUUUUUUGGAACUGCACAGUCAGCAGAGAAGAUGUACAUCCAGACAACAACACUUACGGUGUCCAUGAGUUUAAGUGCUUCUGUGUCUCUGGGCAUGCUCUACAUGCCCAAGGUUUAUAUUAUAAUUUUCCAUCCAGAGCAAAAUGUUCAAAAAAGGAAGAGGAGUUUCAAGGCAGUUGUGACAGCAGCCACCAUGCAAAGCAAGCUGAUCCAGAAAGGAAAUGACAGACCAAAUGGCGAGGUCAAAACCGAAAUUUGUGAAAGCCUUGAAACCAACAGUAAGUCAUCUGUAGACUUAACCAUGGUCAAGAGUGGCAGCACUUCUUAAUAGAUCUUCCUCCAGCAAGACGACUUAUGUCAGCUACAGCAAUCACGCAAACUGAGCGGGGAAACCGAACAUAUCUGAAGACUUGCAGUAUGUGAACUUAAGAACCAUGAUGACUACAAUGUCAUAAGAACUCAGCCUUUGCGGCAUCUCUAGCAAACAGUCUAAAUAUGUAAAGGACAACGAUUAACUAUGUGCCCAAGACAGGAGGGGCAGGUGGGUUGGGAGAGAAAUGACCCAGAAUUAUAUUAUAUGACUUCAUGUCAAAUGUCCAAACUGUUUACUCAUGAAAGAAGGUGAAUCACGAAAGGAAAACAAAAUGUUAGCUUGUGAAAAAAAAUGCUGUUGAAAUAAAAAACAUGUCUGAUGUUAUACUUGUAAGUACUUUUUUGUGAUUGUGAGAAAUUUCCAUUCCUGUUCCACACUUGUUCAACUUGUAUAAGAAGAUGAAGUUUGUUCCUUGUGAUGGCUGACUGAAUUGAAGCCCUGCGUUGUGCUAAUGAUAAAUGCAAUGGUUGACGCAUGCAAAUUUUUAUA